ACUUUUCGAGAUCCCCUUUUUAACUACUUUCUUUUUUGAUCUUCUUUUUCUUUGUUCUUAACACAUUUAAAACGAUUUUUUCUUUUAUAAAUUGGCUGUAAAAGUCAAUCAUUUGAACGAGUAGAGAAAGAAAAAAAAAACGGUAGUCGUCUGUCAUCAUAUUACAACAAUAAAAAAAAAAGUAGUCAUAAAGCAUCCAAAGACCUAUCUUUUCUCUUGUCUCUCCUCUUCCUCUCCUCUUUCCUCGCAUCUUCACACUCUAUCUGGUUCUUUCUCUUUUUCUUCUUUCCUUCUCUCCUCUUUUUUAAGGAAUAUUCGAACCAUCUCUUCUCUACAACUAUAAAGCUUCUUUUUUCCUCUAUUCUUUCUUUCAUCGUCAGCCUCCAAUGUCGUCCAUUCAAUAUCAAUAUCGCCAACAGCCUACUACUACCACCACCAACACUACUACUACUACUACUUUUCAACCAUAUAAAGAAAAGAUACCUUCAUUAAGUAAUAACAGGAUGGCUUACGUUGAUGCGCUCAUAGAUGCAAAUGCCCAAGUCAUUGAAUCCAUUUGGGAUAUCGUUUACUCCCAAAAGCCAUCCAGCAACUUCAGUAACAACAUGGUGGUGCCUCUACGAACAUUUAUUCAAGAAGUCUUGAAAAGAUCACGAACAACUUACUCAACCUUGCAAACAGCUUUGUAUUAUAUCUUUCGCUCUCGACAAGAAAUCAGAUUGAAUUUAACAAGAAUUCAUCAGAAUGGAUCCAGUGUUUUAGCCACCGAGGACGCCUAUAUUAGUUGUGGAAGACGGAUGUUCCUGGCGAGUCUAAUUACUGCUUCCAAGUUUGUCCAAGACAAAACUUAUCGUAACUCUGCGUGGGCCAAGAUUGCUGGCUUACCUGUCAUGGAAGUAAAUGUAUCGGAAAGAAUCUUUUUAAAGCUUAUCGAUUACAACUUGUACAUCGCUCAACCUACAUUUGAGCAAUGGUAUCAGUCAUUACACAAGCAUGUGGAAGCCAAAACCAUGCUGCAGCAUCCAACAUCCAUCACAGAGAUUUUGAAUAGUUCUCUGACAACAUUAACAACGCCUACGACAAUGCCCUUACCAUCUCACUUGCUCACGUCCUCAACAUUACAACAAGUCACUUUUAACAGCACUUCAUUUGCCACUACUAUCACACCUCCACAUACACCUCCACCUACAUUACCUUUACCCUCGUUAUCAGCAUCUACUAAAAACAACAUAGUUUUGCCUUCACCUUCUAUUUUUUUACUGCCUCAAUAUUAUCAGCAACAGCGCCAACAGCCACACUAUGUAUGUCCUCACCAAACUCAUCAAAGAAAGAAAAGAAAGACGAAUAAUGAUUGCAGCAAUUUUAGUAACGUCCCAUCUUUACCAAGCUCCAGUGAUUCAACUCCUAUGCAGACGCCUUCUCCAAUCAGCAAUGAUAUUUAUUCAACUGGCAAAAAAAGAAAAUACAGUGCCAAUAUUUUUUGCGAAAAUUCUUUGGCCACCGGUUACAACAUUAUCAGUCAUGUUAGACAACAAACUAUAAUGAAAAGAGAUCUUAUGUAAUCAUAACCCAUUCAAUCUCCAUUUUAUACACAAUACUCUCCUUUAGAUACCUCUUUUUUCUUUUUUCUUAUAAAUGUAAGCACACUCUAUAUAUUUAUCUAUAUUUAUCCAAAUUCGGCCUUUUAUCUUUUAGCUUAUGAAAAUUAUUCUAUUAUUUAUAUAUACAAAAUAUACCACAUCUAUUUAUAUGUCCUUUUUUUUUCGCCCAU